AUGGCACCCAAAAUGGUGACCAGUUUCCGCCGCUCCCUCUCCUUCCCCAACCCUCCCCCAGCACCCAAACCACGCACCGCCAUCCACGUCAGAUCCGCCAGUCUCCCGUGCCGGACGCACCCGAUCAUUUCUCACCUCCGCGACGAGAUCUCCGAGCUCCACUCCUGGUCCGCCGACGCCCGCACCUCCGCCUGGCUCUGCGACGGCCUCCGCCGCCUCAAGUCCGUCCACGAGUCUCUCGACGACCUCCUCCACCUCCCGCAGACGCGCGACUCCCUCCGCGGCGCCGACUGCUCCGAAUCCAAUCACCUCAUCGAGAAGCUUCUCGAAGACUUCCUUCGCUUCGUCGACGUCCACGGAACCUUCCAGACGCUCCUCCUCCGCCUCAAGGAGGAGCACUCCGCCGCGCAGAUCGCCGUCCGGAGGAAGGACGAAGCCGGUGUCGCGGCGCGAUCGAAAAAUCUCGGCAAAAUCGCCAAGGAGAUCGGGAAGCUCUCCUCCGAUUUCGCAUCCGUCGGGAAAUCAGCGGAUCCGCCGCGGAAGGUGUAUGACGAAGAGGCGGAGAUACUGGACGUGAUCGACGGUGUGGUGGAGGCGACGGUGGCGGUUUCUAAUGCGCUUUUCGGCGGGAUCUCGAGCUCGGCGGCUUUUCGGAAGGCACCCUGCAUGGGGUUGGGGUUUGGGAGGAAAACGAAAAGCGUGAAAGUUGAAGGAGGGAUUCGUGAAUUCCGAGAGUUGGAUUUGGAGAAUUUGAGGAAGAAAGCGGAGGAAGAUGUGAAGAAUGCGUCGAAGAAAAUGCGUGAAAUGGAAGAUCGGAUUUUGGAGAUUGAAGAGUGUGGAGAGAGGGCGUUUCGGAGCUUGAUUAACACUAGGGUUUCAUUGCUCAAUGUACUCACACAAUAG